AUGUCUGCUAAAGACUACGACGCUGCCAACACGAAGUACGACGCGGAAAAGGAGAUCAAGCGCAACCCGCAUGGCGAUUUCAAAGCCGUCGAAGCCUCGCGCCCAGCUUUUGACCAAGCCACAUCAUUCCACUACACACAGACACCCAAACCAGACUGGAAGACUGGCUCAGGCGCAAAUGAUGGCUCCAAUUCUUCGAAGGAACACCGCUCAAUCGACCCUUACGAAGAAGGUCGCCCCGUAGUACACAAUUACAAGCUGUUGAUCAGCGCUGUUAUUCCGCGACCCAUUGGCUUCACGAGCACAAUUAGUGCAGAUGGAAAGAGCACGAAUCUUGCGCCGUUCAGCUACUUCAACAUGGUGAAUCACGACCCACCGAUUUUCGUCUUGGGUUUCGCAGGAGGAAUGGACCGGGCAAAAGACACGCUGAAGAACCUGCUUGAGACCAAGGAAGCAGUCAUCAACAUCAUUAGCGAGGAAUACGUCGAGGCUGCGAAUUUCACGUCGAUCAACGCACCGGAGGGCGUGUCAGAGUGGUCCUUUUCUGGACUGACGCCGGAGAAGAGUAAGGUUGUCAGACCGGAUAGAGUCAAGGAGGCUGUAUUCAGCGUCGAGGUGAAGCUAGUGGAGACGCGGGAGUGGACGAGCAAGAGCCCCAGUACACCAGGCAAGAAGACCGGCGUUACAGCUCUGCUCGAAGGCGUCAACUUCUGGGUGCGCGAGGAUGCGAUUGAUGAGCAGGGUGUGCUUAUUGAUCCAGCGGUGUCGAAGCCGAUUAGCAGGCUAGGUGGCAUUACAUAUGCGAGGACGACGCAGGCAUUCGAGCUCCCAAGGCCGGAUUACGGCGAGAUCACCAAGGAUCCGGAGGUCGAGAAGUUGGUGCAGCCAAAGGGAAAGGGCCAAGAAUAUACAGAUCCUCAAGGAAAGACCCUCGCUGGCACAUGGAAUGUGACUCGCCGCCGCAAAGGAACCGUGCAACAUGGCUUCAACGUCUUGUCACACAGCAACAGUAGAUCAUGCAUGGCUGUAGCGAUACCAACAUUUGCACAUGGAAAUACAGACAUCUGUAGAGCUCCAGCAGAUAGCAGACACGUCGACACUGUACUGCAUCGCGAGUGUGGAGAUGCAGCCGAACUCCGCAGACCGCAGCUCCAUUUGUGUCUUGCACGCCAAUCGGACAGCGACCGUUCUGCGCAAGUCAGCGACCGCGCAGCACGCAAUACGGCUCGAGCAGUCGAACGGUCGGCAAGCGCAGCGGGCAUCAUCGCUGCUGCAGCCUCAGAUAAGGACCCUGGGCCCUGUGCAAAUGCGGCGCUCCAAAACCGGAGAUGA